GAUCUGGCAACUCUGAGAGCAAGCAUUGUUUUAUUACAACACAUUUUCCAAAAUUCUAAACGAAAUUUCAAAAUUUCCGUUUUUAAUUGACGUCAAACUCUUUAAAAAACAGACUGUACAAUGGCCAAGGCCAUACCAGAUCGAUGGUUGAAUUACAAACCCAUUGGCAAGCGUAUUCCUGGUACUCGCUUUAUAGCAUUCAAGGUGCCGCUGCGUCAGCAUGUCAACGCCAGAGUGGAGGAGCAUCUGCGCCUGGCGCCCGAAUCCCUGCUGGAAUCCGUCCCCGAUCUGGGCCUCAUCAUCGAUCUGACCAACACGAACCGAUACUACCACCCAAGUGCCCUGACCGAGCACGAUGUGCGUCACCAGAAGCUGAUGAUCCCCGGGAAAAAGACACCGCCACGUAAACUAGCCGAAAAAUUCUGUGGCUUUGUGGCCGACUUCCUUGAGAGCAAUGCGGAUAAUGACAAACUAAUUGGAGUACACUGCACGCAUGGAGUAAAUCGAACUGGAUACCUGAUCUGCUACUUUAUGAUCACUGUUUUGAACAAGUCCCCCGAGGAGGCGAUAAAGAACUUUGCUGCAGCCCGUGGACAUGACAUCGAGCGCACCAAUUACUUGAGCGCUUUGAAUACGCUUUCGGCUAAUGAUCCUCCUGUUCCCAAAGAACCAAGUAUAGAGGAAGAUCACAAUGGGUAUGGGUAUACCAGCAGACACCACGCCAACACGGAAUAUAACGAUUACCGUCAGCAAGAUAGACACUACCAAAGAGGUGGAGGUUUUUAUCGAAAACCUAACUACAGAGACAAGGACUAUGGGAGUUUUGACAACAGUAACUGGCGGAGCGGAAAUUCAAGAAAUUAUUCCAAUUAUUCAAGAGACAACGAGUGGAGCAAUCGGGAUCAACAAAGCUAUUAUAAAAACAGCAGAGAUUGGCAAAAGUCGAGAAAAAUAUAUUCCAGAGCGGACGAUGAUCACAAAAAUGGCUGGCCUUAUUCCCGCAACCAUCGACAGGAUCGAGAGUAUCGCCAAGAAACAUCAUAUCAAAACAACAAAUCAGCAGGUACCUAUCAUCAACACAACUGGAGAGGCUAUCAGAAUCAUUAUCAAAAUUCUGAACGGGUCGAUUCGAGAAGAUACAGCACACGCAACUACAACGACGAGGAGUAGCUUCAUAGUUCAAAUUUAACAAUUUAACUUUGUAGAAAAUUCCUGAUCUAGAUUGUAAUAAAUUUGCAAUGGCUCCUUGGGCAACUUGUAAA